AUGGUGAAAAUCCCCACCAUCGACUACUCUAUGCUAUUCUCUGAUAUUCUGGACUCGGUUUUCCGAGGGAUAUCAGACUUCUUCAAUCCAGCGAAUAUAGAAAAUCGAAAGAAGUAUGAGAAAAAGAAUCCAACAGACAAACUUCGAUGGGAACUUCGAUCUUCUUUGGGAGAGAACAGGGAAAAUUUCAAGUUAGCUGGACAUCCUCAGUUUUACUGUCCUACCAAACCAUCUGGUUUCAGUGAGGCUAUGGAAGAGUAUGUCAAAAGACUGCGAGUCAUAUUAGAAGGUUUGGGCAAGGCAAUAUCAAAAGCCAUGGGAUUUGAAGAGUGCUACAUAGAGAAAGCUCUCGAGAUUGAUUCUGGCUUUGAUGUAUCUUCCCUCAACUUAUACCCACCGAAUUUUAAAUCAAAAGGUUCCAUUGGCAUUGCUGAACAUAUUGACCAUGAAAUAAAGCAUGCGCAACUAUUACGAUAUUUAUUUGGUAGAUAA